UGCCAUCACAAAUCAACUUAAAAUUUCCCUCCACUUUCUUAUGCCCUUUAAAUCUCUUCCUCUUUCUAAGACCAAAAAUCAGUACUAGUUUGAUUUUGAGAAUGAAUGAAAAAACGGGUAGUAUCGUCAUAGACAUCAUCGAAACAAAACUUGAACCUCUAUGGGCAAAAUCUGGUGGAAAAUUGGGAAACUCGAGCACUUUGUUAGGGAUUAGGAGUGUUUGGAAUUUUUGCAAAGAAGAUAGAAAUAGAUUAUUAUUCUCAUUCAAAGUUGGUUUGGCUGUUGUUUUGGUGUCUUUGCUUAUACUUCUUCAAGCACCUUAUGAUGUGUUUGGAAGUAAUAUCAUUUGGGCUAUCAUCACCGUGGCCAUAAUGUUCGAAUAUACAGUAGGUGCAACUUUCAAUCGUGGUUUCAAUAGGGCACUUGGAAGUUUGCUGGCUGGAAUCUUGGCUAUUGGGGUUGCUCAACUUGCUUUACUCACUGGCCCUGUUGGUGAACCCAUUGUCAUUGGCAUCAGCAUUUUCUUAGUUGGAAGUAUAACAACGUUGAUGAAGCAAUGGCCAAGGCUAACUCCAUACGAAUAUGGAUUCAGAGUUAUACUCUUCACUUAUUGUUUGAUAGUUGUUUCUGGUUAUCGAAUGGGGAAUCCACUUAGAAUUGCCAUAGAUCGUCUCUACUCUAUCGCCAUUGGAGCACUUGUUGCAGUUUUGGUAAAUGUUCUUGUUUUUCCUAUUUGGGCUGGUCAUCAGCUCCAUAAUGAUCUUGUCAAUGCCUUCAACUCCAUUGCUGAUUCACUUCAAGAAUGUGUGAAGAAGUAUUUAGAAGAUGAGGAAUGGAAAAACAUUGAUCAAGAAGUACCAUUGAAGGCUGUAAUGGAUGAGUUCCCAGAUGAACCUGCCUACAAGAAAUGCAAAGCCACUUUAAACUCUUCUUCAAAGUUUGACACUUUGGCGACAUCGGCAAAAUGGGAGCCGCCACAUGGUAGAUUCAAGCAAUUCUUUUAUCCAUGGACAGAGUACGUUAAAGUUGGAGCAGUUUUGAGAUACUGUGCUUAUCAAGUUAUGGCUCUUCAUGGUGUCCUCCACUCUCAAAUACAGGCUCCAUAUAACCUCAGAAUCACAUUCAAAUCUGAGAUUCAAGAUGUAGCAAAUCAAGCAGCAGAGCUAAUGAGAAGUUUGGGCAAAGACAUCGACAACAUGAAACAAUCCAUCAAAAUCUCUCACCUAAAGAAUGUUCACAGCACAGCUGAGAAGCUCCAACGCGCCAUUGACACUCACUCUUAUCUCCUCACUCCCACUUGCGAAACCAUAGGUCUCUCGACCACCUCGUCGAGCAACCUCGACAAUCUUCCAAGCUUGUCAGCUGAGCUCGACAGCAAUGGCUCCAAGAGAAGUUUAAACAAGCAGGAUUCUCAUGGUGUUGAUUUGGUGAGGAAGCAGCAGUCGAGAAGGCAGCAUUCGUGGCCGUUGAGGGAAAUGGACGUGUUCGACGAUGGCAGGUGUGUUGCCAUCGAAUUUCUGCCGAGGAUGAGGAAGUUGGAGAGCACUGCAGCCAUGUCACUGGCUAACUUUACUUCCUUGCUCAUUGAGUUUGUCGCUAGGCUUGACUAUUUGGUUGAAACAGUGGAUGAGCUAUCUAGGAUGGCUAAGUUCAAUGAAGAACAUUGAUAAGUGGGGAUAAAGUAGAAGCUCAUAUUUGAAAUGAGAUCAAAUGAUUGAAUAUGUUAAUGUUGUAAGAGAAAGUAUUUUUUUAGCUUGACAAUAUUCAAGAAACAUGUAUCAAAAUCCAUAUAACCUUCCAAUGGAAAUUGUUACACUUUCUUCU